AUGAUACCUUCUCGGAUGCUGGGCUUUCAAUUAAACCGCGAUGCGAAAAUUGGCGACUCGAUGGGCAGCACUGGAAUCACUCGGUGCAUCACCCAGUCCGCUUCGUUGGGGUCUCUUGCCUUUGCGAACUCGACGGGACCUCCGUUACAAAUGGUUGUCUCUGGAUGGACAGACAGUGACAUAGAUGGCUCAAAAAAUGAAGCAUUUCUUACAGAGAGUCUUCUACCCGAUCGUAAAAACGAAAUGUUUAACAAGAGAAAGUCAUCCGACUUGCAAAACGCGGUCAUGGCCAACUGCAGUCACGCAAUGCCGGCAGCAAUGUCAGUGAAGAUAGAGCCUCCCACCUCGUCGGAAGAUGAGUCUUGUUCGCCAACCAGUGCAUUUGACGCACCGUCGGUCUAUUCAGGAGCCACUGAGAGUGAAUUUCCCUCCAGAAUCAGAACGUCUUGUCUUGCCUCUCAGAUUCCCCUUUCAGAGAAACCAAGGCAUGAAAUUCCAGUGCAAGCGUCUGAUAGUGAUAGUGAUGUGAUGUCCCAAUGUGGUCGUAAUAGAUUGCCAUCUCGGAAGUAUCGACGCAAGAGUUCAACUGCUCUCUCAUUAUUGUCCCGACCCGUUGUUUUACGAUCACAGUCUGUGACCAUUAAACCACGGAUGAUUAAUAUUGAACCAAUGCCACUGGCCUCUAGCCAGAUGAUGCUGAACGGUUGCGAUGGCUUAAAUUCGGCCACACUUGAACCCUUCGUUUGUGUUUCACAAAAGGGCCCUUCAAGUUGUGUGGAUGCCGAUUUGGAAGAAAUCCAUGGAAUAUCUGUUAGUAGUUCGCAACCAGAUGGUGAGAAAAGGAGACAGGUCUACCUUUGCGUAAUAUUCCUGAAAAUUGGCGAGAUCGACACUAUCAAGGAGCAAUACGCUGCAGAUGUUCUCAUAAAGGCCAAAUGGCGAGAAACUGAAAUGGACGCCGCUGAAACUGUAGUGAGUGGUUUAUUAAAAAUUGUUCCAGUAGUUUGUUUUUUCUGUUACAUUUUGUUUACAAACAUUCGCAGAUUUUAUUUGGCACCCUUGGAAUACGACUGGAUGAAGAGCUGGUCACCAAAGUUAUAUAUUGAAAAUACAAUAGGGGAGACCAGGGAACAGUUGCAUCGAAUAAUUACUUUCAACGAAUUCGGACACGCAUUCCUCGUUGAGAAGCGUCGAGUUUCUGGAGUCUUUUUGGAGAACCUGGAGUUGAAUCACUUUCCAUUUGAUGUUCAGGACUUGACAAUCACAAUUGCUUCAAAUCUGCCAUCUUCUGAAAUUCGGCUCGUAAAUGAUCCCGAUGAACCGCACCGAAUCAAUAAGCAAUCGUUUGUUGAUGAACAGGAGUGGUACUUGUAUAAGCACAUCGAGACAGAACAGCAUGAGCUGGCAAAUGAGUACGAAGAGCACGCAUCCGCCCACCCAACGCUCUCUGUUAAGUGUCGCGCUGCUCGGCGGCCGGCCUACUUUAUAUGGAAUAUCUUUCUUGUCACAGGAUCCUGUCUUACCACCUUCUUCCUGUUAUUUCGUAGUCAUCGCGAUCCUGAGAAUUGA